UACUGUCCUUUCUCUCUCUCCUCAGAUGAUCAGAAUAUGGAGACUGUAAUGAAGAACCUUGAUCAGCAGUACGCAGCACUGAACAUGGUAUCAAUGAUAUCACGUUAUGGCACCGAGCAACAAGGAGCCAACGCUCGUGACGCUGAGCUACUCACGAGAGAGAGACUCUGUCGGGCACUAUCAAUGUUUGAACUAGUCAUGCAAAGAAUCAAAUCAUUCCUCACCUGUGACCCUAUAUGGGAGGGCCCCCCACCAGCUAAUGGUGUGAUGUCCAUUGAUGAGUGUCAGGAGUUCCACAGACUAUGGAGUGCCAUACAGUUUGCUUACUGUCUACCUCCCACUAAAGGAGAAAUUACUAUUGAGCAGUGUUAUGGUGAAGGGUUACAGUGGGCUGGGUGUGUCAUCAUGACUCUGUUAGCUCAAGAGAAGAGAUUCGCUUCUUUGGACUUCUCUUAUCACUUGCUUCGUGUUCAUGAGUUUGAUGGACAAGAUGGAAAUGUACAAGGAAUUGAUCUCAAGCAGAUGAUAAAGCGUAUUAAAGUCUAUCGUGAUCUUAAUAAUCAAAUUUUUGUUAUAUUAAACAAACAUUUAUCUAGCAGUGAUAUUCUUCAGAGACAAGUUAGGGAGUAUCAGCCUCCAAUAUUCCAGGCCACUCAGGCAUGAGAAUAUGGGAGUAUGGGAAUGAAUCUUUAUAAACUCCUAGUUAUUAUACUGUACUCGUUGUGAUUAGUUUGUGUUUUUAAUGAAUCAUAUAACUAAUAGUAUAGUAUUAAAUUAAUUGUAUCCUCCUCUUCUAGUUUUCUUUAUUGGUACAUGU